AUGUCUUCUGUCAACAUCAAGUUCGCCGUCCUGGCUCUCGCCGGCUCUGCCGUUGCUGUCCCUAGCUUCGGCCAUGGAAAGCACCACGGCAAGCACCACCACCACAACAAGCACUUCUUCGGCUCUUCCGGCGUUGCUACUGGCACUGGCGCUCCCUAUGGCAUGGCCAAUGCUACCGGCAUCUGGAGCACUGGCGCCGCCGCUUCCACUGGUCUGGCUUCUGGUCAUUCUUUCAUUCACCCUUCCGCCGUUGGCCCUCACACCGGUUCAUCUGAGGUCGCUGCUAUCUCCACCAGCACCUGCACCGACUCUGUUGUGAGCAUCACCCACACCAACCGUGUUACUGUCACCGUUCACGCUUCCUCUGCCGAGGCUGCUCCUGCCCAGACCACUUUGAGCACCAGAGCCAGCUCCGUCGCUGUCAGCAGCUCUGUUGCUCUCAGCACCUCUGUACUUGUCGAGAGCUCCUCUGCCGCUGUCAGCAGCUCCGAAGCCGCCAGCAGCACUUUCGCCUCGGUUGGUCUUGAGCUCCAAAACAAGGGUCACCACCAGUGGACUCGUGCUUCCACCUCUACUUCCGCUGCCGCUGCUCAGUCGACCAGCACCACUUCCGUUGCUCCCGUCUCGACCAGCUCCAGCUCCAGCCUCAGCGUUGUCGUCGCUCCUACUUCUGCCGUCGCCGUCAGCAGCUCGUCUGCUCAGGCUUCCUCGACCUCAUCCUCGGUCGUUCCCCAGUCUAGCAGCACUGGCAACGGCAAGCGUGGUCUUGCUUACAACACUGCCUCUCUGCUCACCUGCUUCGAGAACAACAACCAGGUUAGCUGGGGCUACAACUGGGACUCCGACAGUGCCGGCCUGUCCAGCAGCUUCAACUACGUUCCUCUCCUCUGGGGCCUUACCAACGGCCACACCGAUGUCUGGAACUCGCGUGCCACCAGCGCCAUCGCCAACGGUGCCACUCACUUGAUGUCUUUCAACGAGCCUGACAUGACUUCUCAGGCCAACAUGUCUCCCCAGGACGCCGCUUCUGCUUACAAGACUUGGAUGAUGCCCUUCGCCGGCAAGGCCAAGCUUGGUGCCCCUGCCGUUACCAACGGUGGUGGCAGCAUGGGUCUCAACUGGCUCGCCGCUUUCCUCGAGGCUUGCGAUGGCUGCCAGAUCGACUUCGUUACCAUUCACUGGUACGACCAGGCCUCCAACACUGCCUACUUCAAGGAGCACGUCCAGAACGCCACUGAUGUUGCCGGCGGCAAGCCUGUCUGGGUUACUGAGUUCGCCCCUACCGACAACCCCUCGGACGCUGACAUCGCCACUUUCCUUGAGGACGUCAUGCCCUGGAUGGACAGCCAGUCCUUCGUCGAGCGCUACAGCUACUUCAUGGCUGGUGACGGCGCCCUCCUCAGCGGUACCGAGCCCUCGAGCUUCGGUCAGACUUACGCCACCUACACUUCUUAA